UCUCCAUUUUCAACUCUUCAAAUGCUUCUCUGAAACACAGAUCUCAUCUCUGUUACUCUCUCUCUCUCCUCUCUUUCUCUCUCUAGACGCCACCACAACGAUGGCGUCUCUCGCUCUAACCUCCCCCCUCAACCUUGGGUUCCGAUCACUCCCCAAUUCCCGACUACGUCCUUCUCUCAAACCAUCCGCACCGUUGAAUCUCCACUCCAGACGCAGAUCCAACGGUCAAACUCCAAUCCGACUCUGUUCUCACUCAUACUCACUAGCCAAAACCACCCAUGUCGAUGACAAUAACUUCCCAUUCAACACCAACAAUUCUUUAGCUUCAAGCCGAGAUGUUUCGGUUCAAGCUGGCUCGGUGGCUCCGCCGGCGAAACCCCAACAACCGCCGUGGCAGGGGGCGGCGAUGAAGCCAUUGAUUGCGUCGAUAGGAACCGGGAUCAUUCUCUGGUUCAUUCCGCAACCUGCCGGCGUCUCGCGAAACGCUUGGCAAUUGUUGUCCAUUUUUCUCGCCACCAUCGUCGGCAUCAUCACUCAGCCGCUGCCGCUCGGCGCGGUGGCGUUGAUGGGCUUGGGCGCUUGCGUGCUCACCAAAACCUUAACUUUCGCCGCCGCCUUCUCCGCCUUCGGUGACCCCAUUCCGUGGCUCAUCGCACUUGCUUUCUUCUUCGCCAGAGGCUUCAUCAAGACCGGACUCGGCAACCGAAUUGCCUACCAGUUCGUGUCUCUCUUCGGAAGCUCUUCGUUAGGGUUAGGCUACAGUUUGGUGUUCAGUGAAGCAUUGUUAGCUCCGGCGAUACCGUCGGUGUCGGCGAGAGCUGGGGGGAUUUUUCUUCCUCUGGUUAAGUCUCUGUGUGUUGCUUGCGGAAGCAAUGUCGGCGAUGGAACAGAGCACAAGUUGGGGUCUUGGUUGAUGCUGACUUGCUUUCAGACGUCGGUGAUUUCGUCGGCGAUGUUCUUAACAGCUAUGGCGGCGAACCCAUUGAGUGCCACAUUGACCCUAAAUACGAUUAAGCAGACAAUUGGGUGGACCGAUUGGGCGAAUGCUGCGAUCGUGCCGGGUUUGGUGUCGUUGAUUGUGGUGCCAUUCCUUUUGUAUGUGAUUUAUCCGCCAUCGGUGAAGAGUAGUCCUGAUGCACCAAAGCUCGCGAGGGAGAAGUUGGAGAAUAUGGGACCCAUGUCGAAAAAUGAGGUUAUAAUGGCAGGGACUUUGCUCCUCACGGUCGGGCUCUGGAUUUUUGGUGGGAUGCUGAAUGUGGAUGCUGUUACUGCUGCAAUUCUUGGAUUAUCUGUCCUCCUUGUGACUGGUGUUGUAACAUGGAAGGAAUGCUUAGCUGAAUCAGUUGCAUGGGAUACCCUCACAUGGUUUGCUGCACUCAUCGCAAUGGCUGGGUAUCUAAACAAAUAUGGUCUCAUCACCUGGUUUAGCCAAACUGUUGUGAAGUUUGUUGGUGCAUUGGGUCUUUCGUGGCAGCUAUCGUUUGGUAUUCUCGUUCUUCUCUAUUUCUAUUCACACUACUUCUUUGCAAGUGGAGCCGCUCAUAUUGGGGCUAUGUUCACGGCGUUCUUGUCCGUUGCUAGUGCUCUAGGCACUCCACCAUAUUUUGCAGCCAUGGUGCUUGCUUUCCUUUCCAACCUCAUGGGUGGCCUCACCCACUAUGGCAUCGGCUCAGCUCCAGUUUUCUAUGGUGCAAACUACGUUCCACUUGCCCAAUGGUGGGGCUAUGGAUUCCUCAUCUCUGUCGUCAAUGUUAUUAUCUGGCUUGGAGUUGGAGGGGCCUGGUGGAAGUUCAUUGGCUUGUGGUAAAUUUCCCGGCCCAAGUUCAGUAGUCUCUUAGUUUUGUUUGCCCUAUGUUCUCUCUCUUUCUGACGCAGGCUGUUAAAUUUUAGUCCCGAUUCUUUAUCUUGGAAAUAAAUUUUUGGUGGCUUUGGUGGGAGACCCUUUAGGGAAAGAUGGUAUACACAUGAAGUCUGUAGCAAAAGUUAGAACUUGUACCUAAAAAUUUUGACUGGUCAUGAAAAAUUUCCUGCUAUUUAAGACUCUGAUGAGUUGGAUGGUUUAAGCUUA